AUAAAAUACGGGAAGGAACUAAAAUACGGGAAGGAAGGCGUGUUGUCUAAGUUCCGGAAUAAUAAAAGGAAAAGAGCACUUUAAUUGAUCGGCUUCCCGUUGCUACGAUACGGGCGCCGCGCGGGUGAAGCAGUUCGCUGGCAGCGACCGCUGCCUUGGCAUUUCGCGCGUGCUGAGAAUCAGAAAGAAAUUUGAAGAGUAGAAAUGGCGAGUAAUCAUAAACCUCCUACAGCACGUCCUUCUUCACGAAUAGGUCUGAGUGCCAGGCCACCUUCAUCCUCAUUGCGACCUCCAUCUGCAGCAUUACUUGGAGGAGGGAUGCCCCCAGGUACAUCCAGGCCUGGUACACGUGGUGGAUCCAUAGGAACUGGUGUGGUUUUGUCCUCUCAGAUUAAAGUUGCAGACCGUCCAGUGACACAGCAAGGACUGAGUGGAAUGAAAACAGGAAUGAAAGGUCCACAGAGACAAAUUAUGGACAAAUCCUAUUACCUUGGAGUGCUUAGAGGGAAAAUAAAUGAGCUUAGCGCAGAAAUCAAUAAGCUUCAGAAAGAAGUUGAUAUGUACAACCAGGAGAAUUCUGUCUAUCUGUCCUAUGAAAAAAGAGCAGAAUCUUUAGCUAGUGAAAUCAAAGAAUUUCAAGGACAGUUGGCAGACUACAAUAUGUUGGUAGAUAAACUUAACACAAAUACUGAAAUGGAAGAAGUAAUGAAUGACUAUAACCUGUUAAAAGCUCAAAAUGACCGUGAAGCUCAGAGCAUAGACAUUAUUUUUACAGAAAGACAGAGCAAAGAAAAACUAAUUCAAGCUGUGGAAGAUGACAUCCGGCAGGAGAAACAAGCGGCCGAAAAUAUAAUUAAAAAUAUGUCGGAAGAAGAUCAAACCAAAUACAUAGACAUGAAAAUGGCAAAUGAAAAGCUCUUGAAGGAAUUGUCUUCUUUACAACAAGAAAUGGAUGCUGUGAAUAUGAAAGAACAAGCUCUGGAAGCAGAAAUUACCCACUCUCAAAUUAAACAAGAGGCCUUACAGCUGUAUGAAAAGCUUCAUGGUCUUGAGGAACAUCGAGAUCAAAUGAUUGCAGAGGACAAGAACAUGGGAUCUCCCCAGGAGGAGAGAGAAAGACUAUUAAAACAGGUGAAGGAAGACAAUCAAGAAAUAGCAAGCAUGGAAAGGCAGCUAACAGAGAUAAAAGAAAAGAGCAACCAUCUCAAUGAAGGAAUCCGGCAGCUUGACAUGGAUUUAGAGGAACACCAAGGUGAAAAAAAUCUGAAAUAUAAAGAAUUGAAGAAGCGAGAGGAAAGCAUGGAUAACUUUCUCGAAUCUUUUGAAGAGACAAAGAACCAGGAACUGGAACGGAAAUCAGAGAUAGAGGCCAAUAUUGUGGCCCUUUUGGAGCACUCGAGCCGGAAUGUAAGUCGUAUGAAGCAGAUAUCUUCUGUAACAAAUCAAGAAUUGAAGAUCAUGCAGGAAGAUCUCACUUUCAAAUCAAGUGAAAUGCAAAAAUCACAGAGUACAGCUAAAAAUCUGGGUACAGAUAGUCCAGAGACUCCAAUGGACCUCCAGAAGAUGGGCUUAUUGGGGAAGAUGGUUGAUGAACUAACCUCACUCAAAGAAAAAAUUGAACAGAUGACCAAGGACUUGGAAGUAUAUAAUAAUCUGCCUGCUCUGAAAACAGCAGGAGAAGAAAAGAAAAAGAAACUGCAAGAAGAGAAAGAAAGAUUGAUCAAACAUCAGGAUGCAUUCAAGAAAAUUAUGGAACAUUUGAAUAAAGAAUAUGAAGGCCUAAAGUUGCAGCUCCAGGAGAAUGAAACACAUGCUCAGCUCACGAAUCUGGAAAGGAAAUGGCAACACCACGAGCAAAAUAAUUUUGUUAUGAAAGAAUUUAUAGCUACAAAAAGCCAGGAAAGUGACUAUGGGCCCAUAAUGAACGAUGUGAUGAAGGAAGUUGCAGAAUAUAACAAAACUAUAAUAGAAGCUUUACAGAGCAGCAAGAAUUUAUCCUAGAUCUGCCUAACUUGGAUGGACCAAUUAAGGAUUUACAUACAGUUAUUUUGAAGAACAUUGACAUUUGAAGGCACUCUAGAUCACAUUAGUAUAACCGGUGUAUCUUUUUUUCCUGUAUUCUAGGGAGCAUGAUAGACCCAUGCCAGGCACAUCUGUUUGUUUUCCUUUGAAUUCAUUCUGUAUUAUAAAACAAUUGUUCAGUGAAGAUUCUUUCAUUUAUAUUUGUUUUGCUUUGUUAAAUAAGCAAUAUAGUUUGAUUUACAUCAUUUUAAAAAAACAGUGUGAUUGUAAGUACACUAAAGUGCUUAAGUUUCUUCUUAAAGUAGUAACUUCAAAAGCAGAAAAAUGUUAUUAUUCUAUAUUUCUAUUUAUCUUGACAUAUCAGAAUUGUUCUACAUUGAACUGUGUUUAAGAUGCAUAAAGAAAUUUAAGAAGUCACCCUGUAUUCCCCCCACCACCAAGAUUAUGCAGUAAAAGUCAUAUGUAGCAAAAUGAAUAUCUAAGAAAUGACUUCUUAACCCUCAGUAUCUGAGGAAUCCAGGGACUCCAGCUUGAAAUAAGCUAUCUGACUUGAAAAAUUCACAGCAUUCUUUCUAUCUGAAGCAUACUAGGGUCUUAUGGAGUCACUUCUUGCUGUAGGAGGAUAAAACUCUCAAUGGGAUCCAGAGAGCAGCAAACCAGAAGUACUGUGUUGACAAGGGAAUCAUCAUGAAUGAGCAAAAACCAAAUCAGCUCUUCUUGUUGACCCAUCUCCCUUGUUCCUAAGGGAACCCUCUGUGAGUAAUGUUCUGUUUGUAAAACCCCAUUGAUAAGCCUGAAUAAGAAAAGCAAACAGAGCAAAAAUGUGCAACUAGUUUUUCUGACUGAUACCAAAAGCCCAGAUGACUCCCUUUCCUCACAAAUGUAACUUUUUCAUGCUGCUUUAUCUUUCCAAUGGAUGUUCAGUAACCUGGUAAUUUCUGAGGAAUGCAGGAAUGACUAAAGAACAGUUACACAGAUUGGCUAAUGCAAAAUAAUAAAAUGUAAUCCAAAUUUUUAAAAAAUCAAAGUAUUUGGAACUGUAUUUCAAACAGAUUUUGGCAUUUUGCUCUUGUUGGAUGGUUGCAUUGUUGUUAUAGUGAACAUUUGCAUCCUGAACCAAAGACCAUUGCAUGAAAUAUUUAUUUUUAUUAUUUCAUUUAUUUCCUGACUUUCAUCCAAGUUCUCAGGAUGGUACACUUGGAAGUCUCCAUUUUGUCUCUGAAGUACAAAUGUUAUGACAGGCAUCCUUUAGUUCAUUUCCAAAUGGUUAAUCAAAUAAGCCAAUGGCUUCACCAUCAUGGACAUAUCACAUAUUAUACUUAGGCCAAAACAAACCACCUUACGUGAUUGUCAGUGAUUGCCCCAAAUCUUUCAAAUGAGUUUCCUUAGAUAGAAUUUUACUGUGGUACUACAUUAUUUCAUGCUUGUGCUAUAUUUAAUGGGGAGGGGGGAUUUU